UGCCUUGUUUAGCUGAUGGCUACCCAGCUGAGUAUGUCAGUACUAAAGCCUCUUCUAUCGGUAAUCAAAACUCUCUGUCGACUCUCCAAGUGUGCGUUUAAGCGAUAACACACUUCAGUUUCGGUAUAAGCUAAUUGAAACAAAAAGCAUUCAAUACUGCUCUCUUCACUGCACUAUCUGAUUGGGUCGGCGGAUUCUGCAAAACUAACACCAAUAAUUUAAAUACACCUCAACAGUUCCUCUCUCCUCGAACUACGCAGAUACGUGGUACGUACUCUUAACGUUGUUUCGCCUUAUUCUCCAAGGAGCUUAGUAUUAUUCUCCAUGGGGCUUAGCCGCUCACUACAAGUCCUACAUGCGCCCAGAUUCAGUCAAAAAUCCGAAAGAUUAGCUCAAAUGGGUUUGUUUAAGUUAUAUUUAUUCCUCAUGACCUUCGCCAGCGAAGAAUUGAUAACUAGUGAAUGCAGUAUCAUCGCCUGAUGAUGCCGUAUAAAAGGGGAAAGAACUCGGUAGGAACUUCACAUUAUUGGAAGAAUUGUUCCAAAGUUUACUUCUGUGCGUCAGUUCAAAAUGUGUGUUUGGAGUGUGAUCUUGUUGAAUGUUUGGUUACUAUACUCGUCAACGAUAGUUUGUGGUGGUGAAGUUACCCUCUCCAACUCAUCUCUCACCGGCUAUGGAUACGAAGUGUUGUCGGCCAAAUUAGAAUUUCUGCAGUACAAGCUGAUCGAGAUGGAUUACACGCUAAAGAAGGAUCGAGAAUCAACUAACCAAAAACUUUCACAUCAGGCAACCCUUAUCGCUGGAUUGCAGUUCUCAUUGAACUAUCUUAGUCAAACGUUGAGCCACAAUGUUACAACUUUACAGACUCAGUCCAGUAAAAUACUUUCUCAACAAGUGGCUUGUGCCAGUCACGAACAGAUGCGAAAGGAGAUUGAAGCGAUAACACUUAAGGAAGCGAAAAUCGGUCAAACAUCGUUCAGCGCAGUUGGAUUGGGUCAUCUCGACAACGCAUUUCGAUCAUGCAAGGAAGAACCAACGAAAAGAUCGGGCAAAUACUUUAUCCAACCCACUAUGAACGACGAACCAUUCGUGGGCUAUUGCGAACAGACCCGGUUUGGAGGUGGUUGGCUCGUGGUUCAACUACGCUUUGACGGAUCGGUGGACUUUCAGCGCAACUGGACCGAGUAUCGGGCUGGUUUUGGUAGCAUCGAUGGAGAGUUCUGGAUCGGGCUAGAACAUCUACAUCGGUUAACGUCGGAACGGCCCCACGAGCUAAUAGUGGAGGUGGAAGAUUUUGCCCGCAAUUAUGUAUAUGCACGAUACAAGCAGUUUGAGAUUGGUAGCGAGAAGGAACAGUAUCAGUUGAAGAAGGUUGGUGCAUACUCGGGCACUGCUACUGAUAAUUUAAAACAGCACAAGGAUAUGAAGUUUUCCACCAUCGAUCGGGACAAUGUUUCAGGUGCUGGCUGUAGCAUGUCAUACGAAGGAGGCUGGUGGCAUAACAAAUGUCAUGCGUCAAAUUUAAACGGUCGUUACAGUAGUGGUGUGGAUUCAAAAUACAUUGUUUGGUACUAUUAUCCGGAUGGCGAUGCAAGUAUUGCAUACACGAGAAUGAUGAUUCGUGAAGUGAGUUAAAAAGUAAAUGCCUAUGCAAUUAAUGCAGAUUGAAUAAAUGGUUAUGUUCUUGAGCGAA